CCCAACACCCCGAGUCCAGAAAAAGUCCCUUAGUAAGCCGUCCAAUUUGUAUAAAAAGCAGACGUAUCCAAUUAUUCAACAUCAAUUCAUUCAACUCACUCGAACCAUGAACAAGCUCCUCGUUUUUGUUUUUGCCUGCAUUGCUGUUUCAUCGGCAUACGUCGUGCAAGUUGCCGACGGUCAAGAGUACUACCUGGUCCCCCUCCAUCGCCAAAGAAGACAGACAACUGGAGUUGAUAUUUCAAAAGGAGCUGGUGGUGGUGUUAGGACUACCCUAAACCAUCAGGGUACCAUUUUUAACAACGGAGUUCAUCGUCUGGAUGGUGCGGCUUCUGCCUCUAAAGAAUUCCGUCCAUCUGGACCUCUGAGUGUAACAGGACAGUUGGGAUACUCGCAUAUUCCUUCAGGUUCAGGUCUAAAUGUCGGCGCUCAACAUACCCACCGGGGAGGUACUGACUUGAGUGCGAGCGGAAAUGCGAAUUUGUGGAGUAAAGGAAAUUCUCGAUUGGAUGCCGUUGGUACCUACAGCAGGCAUUAUGGAGGACCUUGGGGAACUGGAAAACCGGAUUACUAUGGAGGACUUCAAUUUACACAUAGAUUUUAAAAUUAUUUAUUUACCGCGAUUAAUUUAUUAAUAAAGAAUUAUUUU